UCCUUCCUUCAGCACUCAGUACAAUGUAGUGCUUCAUGAUUACAUUAACGCCAUUUACAAUUUUAUAAUUAUCUAAAAAAAAAUCUGUUCUGUUUAUGGUCAUUAAUAAUAUUUAUUUAUACUUACGAAAUUUUUGUAUAUGAACGUCAUUUAACGCUGCAGUGUCUUCUUUUUCUGUGAUGAAAAUGAUCAGAUUAACUAUAUAAUGUCAACAGUAAACCACAGAAAAAUAUCUACCGAAUUAUUUAUUGAAAAAUAACAAUUUUUUAAAAUACUACAAAAUCUAAGAAAAAAUCCCUUUUGAAAAUUACGUUCCAACAGAAUAAACAAGAGGUUAAAUAAAUUUCAAAUUAAAUCCAUGAGUAGUAUCACGUUGUUUGAUAAAAGUAGCAGAAUGAAAAAGAAAACAACCAACUCAAUGUUAGCAAAUCUAAAGGAUUUACAGGAAUUAAGUAAGGAAACUUCUGGACCCAGCACAAAGAUGUUGAAAAAUAAACAAAUUACCGAGAAACAAUCAAGUCUUCAAGGAAACAUGUUACCAAAAAGUACAGUUUUAACAUCUACUUCUUCAAAAAUUCGAUCAGAAGUUUCGAAAAUUCAACAGAUUUUUCAAGCUGCAAAAAGAAGUCAAGAAACAGUGAAUAAACCGAAAAAGUCUGUUAUAUCAAAGAAAGAAGUACCAUUGGAUAAUAAAAAAACAAAUUAUGUAAAAAAAUUUAUAGACAAUCCUUUAGUGCCUCAAAAAACUUUAAACAAUUCUAAGAAUCUUGUAGUAAAUGACCUCAUGAAUGGAAAAAUAUAUUCGAAACUUAAACCUAAUACUUCCAAAGAUUUCCCAAAAAAUGAUGUAGAUUGUAAUGACGAAAUCCUGAAGACUCGUGAAAAUAUUGAUGCCAAUCGUCCUCAACUACCAUUGAGAAAAAAAAGAUCUUUAAACUAUAAAUCAGACAAGGAAAGUGUUUAUACGAUUAAAGAGUCAAAAAUUCCAUCAAUAAAUAAAAAUGUAUCUGUAAAUAUUGAAAAUAAGAAUAGUCAAAAGAAAUCAGUGGACGAUACAUUUUUAAGGACAACUGAAGAUGAGGAAAAACGAUAUAGAAGUUAUGAUCAAACUGAAUCGAAUAUUCUAAAAAGCUUAAUAGAAGAAUCUGAGCAACAAAUAAAUAACAUAAAAUCAGAUAAAAAGAAAUUGGAACAGAACUGGCGGGGAGUUGUUCAAGAAUUACCAUCGAGGAAUAUUGGAUUGUGUUCUAGCAACAAACAAGAAAAAAAGGACAUUAACUACUGGAAUAAAAGUGUCAGUAGUAAGUGGAAAAAACUAGGAAGACGUAAUUCAGUGCAAGACCCGUCAGAGAAGAAGGAAUCAUCUAUUUUUCCAAUUUGGAGCUCUUUUGAAAACGUUUACACUACGAGAUCGACUCCUGUUAGUCGUGAAGCAUCUCCUGUACCCAAGUCCUUGAAAAAUGAAUUUAUUCCAAAGAAAUCUAUACAAAGUCGAUCUUUAAGAUUACCAGGUACAACGAAGGGUAUAGCAGAUAUUCAUCAUGCACUUCGCAGUAAGUUUAACAAGUUAAACGCUGAGAUACGAAACCGGAAAUCAUUAGAUUCGUCCAAUAUCUUUGUGUGCAAAGAGAAUGCUUCCAGUUUUUAUGUUCCAUAUCCAAGUUCAACAUCAACAACUGAUAAUCUUAUUACUAAAAACGUAAAACCUUUAACAACAAAUCCAUUACAGUCAUUUACAAUUCUUGAAAAUGUUGAACCUGAUAAUGAAAACGAUGAUAUAAGAACACCGAAAAGCGAAAUUAUAUUACCACCUCGAAAUUCUUAUACCAACAAAGAUACUUUAAAGGAUAAGGUGACGAGUACAAUAAGUUCUAGAAAAUUACCUAAAUAUUUUGAAUUACCAAAAAAUGAUACGCAUUAUUAUUCUCCAUUUUCAACUAAUGAAUCAAUUUUAACUCAACAUAAUGUAAAAAGUCAAGAGGAAAGUAAAGUUAAGAACUACCAUGAUAAUUUUUAUUUAUUUAAUAAUGAAAGAACUGAUUUUACUUCAAAAAGCGAAGAGAAAAACAGUUGCAUAUUAAAAUUUAAUUCUGAAUGCCAAUGCAAACGACAGGAUAGUCUCUUGCUUCCAAUUAGCCAUGGUGAUCAAAACAGUUGCUGUUUGAAUACGUUUGGAAUGUAUAAUGAAAAAUUUAAAAAAAUUUACCUACCACGGAUUACUUCUAACAAAAGAAAAACGCAUUACAGAAUAGACGAUCAAAUGACCAAUCGUCCCUUCAGAACAGAUACUGCCAACUCAAAAAACAUUCUAUAUAACAUAGAAUGUAAUUCUUCGAGUUUGACAAGUGAUAAAAGCAUGAAAAGGCCGACGCGUACAUUAAACAGUCGAAGUGUUACGAAUUUAACUGUAUCUUCUGAUAGUAAAUAUAAAAGAAGCCAGAAUGAAGAUGACAGAAUAAACAAUGAAGAAACUGACGUUUAUGAGUGCUCAGAUGCUGAGGAAUCAACUUUUUGCACUCUUCCAAGGCCACGUAAAGGAGGAGCAUAUUAUACAAUUAUGACAGUCAAAUUCUUGAAAGGCCCUGGGAAUAAAGGGUUAGGAUUUAGCAUUGUUGGUGGCACCGACAGUCCACGUGGAAGCAUUGGAAUUUAUGUUAAAACUAUUUUUUCUAAUGGACAAGCAGCAGACAUGGGAACUGUUAAAGAAGGAGAUGAAAUUUUAUCUUUAAAUUCAAAGCCAUUGUAUGGAAUGACACACGCUGAAGCCAUCGCAGAGUUUAAAAAUAUUAAAUCUGGUAUUAUCACUCUCCUAAUUGGCCGUCGAGUAUCAAAAAAGAAAAGAGACAGUUUUUAACUUUACUGAUCAUUUUUAAUCAUUAGAAAAAAGUUUUCUUUCUAAAGUACAUGUUCUCACUUCUGUCUUAAUUUAAAGUAGUAGAAUUUUAAAAAUAUAGUUUUAUAUUUAAAGAAAUCUGAUAAAAUUAUAGAUAAGUGAUCAAAGAGAAUAAUAUAAAAGUAAAUAAUUAUGAAUUUAAAAAAGUUUAAUGAAUCCUAAUUGUUUUUCACUGGAAAUCUAUGAAAUAAAAUAAAUUGAUACAGAUACUAAA